AGGGAUGUGAAAAUGAUCGGAAACUCUGUGGGUAAACUUAGAUACUAAGCUGUUUAACAGUGGCACACAGCGGGAGUUUGAUCAUUGACUAACAGGAGGCACUCGUAGGUUUAGAUUUGAUAGAGUAGCCGCUCCUCUUCAGGUCAGCCGAGGAAAAUCGGACUAACUACUUUUGAAUCCGCGACAUUGACCGUCGAGCUAACUUAAUUAGCGACAGUUGAGCUAACCAGAGUCGGAAAACUAACCCAAAAAAUAGCACGGUUACCGGCUUUGCUAACAUUAACAUGUAACUAAUGUGAAGCAGGAAAGUGUUAACUAGCCACUUAGGUUAGUUUUAUCGUCUUUCAUUUACUUGGCGUUCAGUGCGGUAUCCAGUCUGGUAGCUGGCAGCAGGAGUGAUACCGAAGGGAGAGGAAGAUGUCUCGGAGGCGGCUGGACAGUCGCAGCGGACUCUCCGCGGGGCUGCUCGGCGAAAUUCAGACCCCAAUCAGCACGGAGGCGAUGGAGAGUGUGUAUGAAAUCACCGCAGAGCUGGGAAGGGGGAAGUUUGCAGUGGUGAAGCGCUGUGUGGAGAAGGUCUCAGGGAAAGUGUUUGCUGCUAAGUUCUUACGGAAGAGAAGGAGAGGACGUGACUGCCGGGCCGAGGUCAUUCACGAGAUGGCCGUCCUGGAGAUGGCCCGUAACAACGCCCGGGUGGUCAACCUGCACGCUGCUUACGAGACGGAUCACGACAUCGUCUUAGUGCUGGAAUAUGCGGCGGGUGGAGAGAUAUUUGACCACUGUGUGUCUGACGAGCUGCUGCCAGAGGCACAGAUCACCCGUCUGAUCAGGCAGAUGCUGGAGGGAGUCCACUACCUCCACCAGAGCAACCUGGUGCACUUAGACCUGAAGCCACAGAAUAUCCUCCUGACCAGCCUGACUCCUCCAGGGGACAUAAAGAUCGUAGACUUUGGCCUGGCACGUAGACUGGGUGCGGUUGGAGAGCUGCGGGAGAUUCUUGGCACACCUGAGUAUGUGGCUCCAGAGAUCCUGAAUUAUGAACCAAUCACAACAGCGACCGACUUGUGGAGCGUGGGUGUCAUAGCCUACAUGCUGGUGACGGGCGAGUCUCCGUUUGUCGGGGACGACAAGCAGGAGACGUAUCUGAACGUGUCCCAGGUCAACGUGGACUACAGCAGCGACGCCUUCUCCAGGGUGUCUGAGCUGUCUGUGGACUUCAUCCGCAAGCUGCUGGUCAAAGCUCCAGAGGACCGGCCCAGUGCUGCAGAGUGCAUGAGUCACCCUUGGCUAUGGCAGCAGCAGCUGUGCCUGAGCCCCGACCCCGCCACCACCCGCACCGUCCGCGAAAGGAGCUGUGGCACCAAGUGGGCGGCCCCAUCCGAAGACCCUGAAGACAAGGAGAACUUCCUGGAGUCCCCGCACUCUCACGCAAAAAGGUUUCGCUUCGACGAGGAAACCUCCGCUCCCGGAGACGGUGACUUUUGAAAAAUUAAAAUGUAAAAAAAAAAAAAAAAAGGGGAGGAACUGAAGGCAGCGGUGCCCACUUCUUCCUCUCAGCUUUUAAAGUCUUUUUUAAGCCUCCACAAAACCAGCUGUUUGCUGCCCACCACUCAGAGCGCUUAGGUUGUGUUUAUACUCCACUAAUCUGUAAGAUCGACCACUCAGACCAAAGAUAACCAGCUACGUUUUGAGAUCUGUCACUGAUCCAUUGCUGUUAAAACGUGUGAAAUGUCUCAAUUAAUGCAGUGUGUUUAACCUAAAGUAUUUAAUUCUGUUGUUGUUGAAAUCCUUGGUGUUUUCAGGGGCUGCAUAAAUCUGCUCUGUAUGUGUGUGUCCCUGUACGGAUGAAGGCUAGUGGAGUAUUUCUAGGGAUAUCUAUGCAAUACUUCUCUUGUAUAUUUGAAUUCUUUUUUCUGGAGGAAUCUUAAAGAAGUUAAUCGCACUCUGCCUUAAUGUGGGAAGUUAAGUGUUCUGGUCACCAGCCUUGCACUUGUGCUUCAGCAGAAACAUGAUGUCGAGAUAAGCACCUCUGCUGUGAGGAAGUGUGAUAAUGUCCUUAUUUGCAUGUUGAAGAGAACAGGGUACAGCCAAACAGCGGCAUCAUGGGAAACCAGGUUGAGUUUUAUUUGGCUCUGUGUCUGGAUACGUUUCAUCAGCACUAUAGUUUUAGUGAAAGCUGCUAAAACCUGCCGCUGUACAUGUCUGAGCUCCGUCUCUUCCUACCUGCAACAUAACUGCACUUCUACUUGAAACACAACCAGCAGACGAACACGAUUACACACAAUUACAUUCCUUAUAUGUUUGCCUUGAGUCCCACAGUGUCACACUUUCAUUUUCUCCAUGUCUGCUUUAGAUUGAGGGUUUAAAUUUAGCUCAGGGUUUUAGAUACAGCUCCUUUUAAUAACUUGAACCACAGUGUAGUCCCCCGUCCACAGAGCUGAAAGGCCUCCACAUGUCAGUCUUGUAUUUGGGUUAUUAUUGAAAAGAAAAAAAAAUGUUAAAGAGUGAGCAACAACUCAUGGUACUCAUGGAAUUCUUGUUCGUCCUUCCAUAGUGAGAUAGGAACGUAUAACUGUAACGGCUCAGAAAGCUAAUGAGUCAUGCAGUGGUUCAUGCGCCACACCCGCACUUACUCAAAUGAUUUCCUCACCGAGCUCCCAGUUCCUCUUUGUUGGCCGACUUCAGCACUUACUUCAUAAGCACACGUUUUGAGCUGAUAAGCAGGAGCUAUUUAUGAAAGUUUGUGUGUCCUCGAGAGGUUCAUUGUGUCUUUCAGUCCCUCACCAAAGCCAUUCACUCUGCUUUCACAGUCAAAGCUACUCCAGACCUCCUGGGUGCCUGAAGUAAAUCUGUUCCUGUUGUUUUCAUCUCAGGGCAAGCUGCUCUCUCUCUCUCUCUCUCUCUCUCUUUGUUUUGGAGUCUUAAUGUUAUUCUUAUUGGCCUAUUAUUAUUUAUGUGCUGAACUUAUACUUUAUAUUUUUAUGCAAAUAAUGUGCUCACGUGUCUUGUAUGAGGAGGGUUAUGGGGGGAGGCAGGUGAUUCCGAAUGAUUAUGGUGUUAUUUAAAACAAGAAGAUGCUGUUGUGGUUACAGUGUGAUGAAUAAUAAAUGUUUGACUGCAGUGAAAUGGGAGGAUGGAAGUGAGGAUUAGUUGGUUAUUUUUUUAAGGUGGUACCAGGAAGUAAAGCAAGAAUGUGAAAAUGGUCUAGAUGAGUCAGAUGGUUUUAGUUGCGAGGAAGAUGAUUAAAUACUUUGAUGUGUUGGUCUUGAACGAAGCAGGGGGGGUUAUUUGAGGGUUAUUUCCCAAAAUGUAGACCUGUUGGUUUACAUUCUGAUGUUGGCUGUUGAGAUAUGUUGGCAUGAAAGGUAUUCUGGGUGAUGAUAAAGUGGAUGCGAUGGUUUCACUGUAAAGUUUUAGAGAGAGAUGUAGCGUGACGGAACCGCUGUACAAUGUGAAAUCCGAGGUGCUCGCUUGUAAUUGCCAAAUGAGUUCAUGUAAUGUAAUGCAAUGCUAUUGACUCACAGGAUUUACCAUCUUUUGUUCAAGUAAGACUUGUAUGAGGGAAAAAAAAAAAAGAAAAAAAACCUCACCUCUCUUAAAGCUGGCAACUCUGAAAGCUCUUAACCUCCAGUGAAACAUUCCUCUUUUUGUUGCGAGGUGCCAAACUGAAUAAGACCACAUUGUGUUUGUUUGUUGUUGUCACCAGCCGCCACAAUGGCCUUUGUGUGGGAGAUGGGCGUCUUCAGCCACGGCCGUGCUCUCAUCUGUAUGCUGUCAUCCUUUAAAAAAACUGGAACACCACACUGUAAAAGAUGUUCAUCUCACUGAGUUAGCAGAUUGGAUUUAAGAUGACAGGUAUGUCAGAGUGACACCGUCAGGAGAUUAUAGAUUAAUGUCUCUUUUACUACUGGAAAAGGAAAUAAGCUUACUUCAUCUCAAGAGUUAAAACUUCUCAGAGUCUAGUUUCUAAUACCUCUUCAAACAGGCGACUGUCUGAAAGUCAUCUUGAUUCAGGCUGAGCUGAGGAGCCUUGACAAAGGAAGUCUUACAUUUUCAAGCUCAGUUGUACAGAAACAAGUGAGGCUGUCUUUCCUGUUGCAGCAGAAUCUGUAAAAACAAGAUUUAAGACUUGACACGUAGCAAAUCACGAAGAAGAUGGACUUGUUUUGCAGUGAUGUCAGGGAUCUCGCUUUGCAGGAUGACGAAAAGCUUUGGACGAGGUGUCUCGUGUUUGCUGGCAUUGUUCAUCUGUCACUUGAACGUGACCUAUGCUGUGGUGUUCUGUUAUGUUGUACAGCUAUUCUACUGUGUUAUUUUCAGCAGCUUGUCACUCGGUGGCCUGUGUGUGUGAGUGCUCAUUGUCUGAGCAGGAGGUUGGGUCAUCCUCCUGGAGAAGUGAAGCGCCACUGAUGUCACCUAACACUUGUUUCUUUUCUCUGACUGCAGCGAGCCUGAAGGUCACUGUAGAUUCAAGUCAAACCAGCCACAAGCACAAGCAAAUAAAUGUUGAAGAAAUGUUUGUUUAUUUUGCAUUUUAUAUUUUUUUAAUGUAUGAGAAUUCUGAUUGCAUCUGAAAUGACUUAAAAAAAAAAAAAGAGACAUAAUCUGUAUUGUAUUCUGAUCAACUGCAGGCUAAUAUGUAGGCAUCACAAAGCAAACUGAAAAAGCUCAUUAAACAUUGUAGAAAAUA